UUAUAUCUCCAGCGACCAUCACAAAACCAACAAAUGGCAACUGUGAACUUGAAGAAUUCUCAAAUGGUGAAGCCAGCUGAAACGACAUGGACUGGCACUGUAGCCCUCUCAGAGUGGGAUCAAAUUGGCACCAUAACUCAUGUUCCCACCAUCUACUUCUAUAAAAAAUCUCUAAAACUCGAUUCAGGUUCCGUUCUCGAUACCUUGAAGGAUUCACUUAGCCGUGCUUUGGUCCAUUUCUACCCUCUUGCGGGCCGUUUGCGUUGGAUAGGUAAUGGUCGGUUAGAGCUCGACUGCAAUGCAAAAGGUGUUCGGCUCAUUGAGGCCGAGUCUCAAACAAAACUUGAAUCUUUGGGUGAUUUUACCCCAUCUCCAGAGUAUGAACUUCUUGUUCCAUCUGUUGAUUAUACUAUCCCAAUUGAAGAAAUCCCACUGUUGCUAGUGCAAGUUACCAGGUUUCAAUGUGGGGGUAUUAGUCUCAGUUUCACUAUAUCUCAUGCAAUUGUGGAUGGUCAGAGUGCGCUUCAUUUCAUAUCCGAGUGGGCGAGAAUAGCCCGUGGUGAGCCUUUAAGUGUGGCGCCGUUCCUUGACCGGAGAGUCCUGAGAGCUGGAGAGCCUGUGGUGGGUUCUCUUGAAGAGUCUGAUGAUCAUAAUCAUGAAGAAUUCAACCACCCACCGCUCUUGCUCGGGCAAUCGAACAACUUAGAAGAGAGAAAGAAGAAGACCAUCGUAGCCAUGUUAAAGCUGAGCAAAUUCCAAGUAGAGAAGCUUAAAAACAUGGCUAAUGAAAGCAAAAACGCAGGAUACACUCGCCCUUUUAGCCGGUACGAGACAGUGACAGGACAUGUGUGGCGUUGCGCCUGCAAGGCUCGCGGGCACAUGCCCCAGCAGCCCACCGCACUAGGCGUAUGCGUCGAUUCACGCAGCCGCAUUAAGCCAGCAUUGCCACUUGGUUACUUUGGCAAUGCAACUCUUGAUGUCAUCGCCAUCAGCUGCACUGGUGAGCUCGUUUCGAAGCCAUUAGGUUAUGCGGUGAGCAAGAUAAGAGAAGCGAUAAUGGCAGUGACUAGUGAAUUCAUUAAGUCUGGGAUUGAGUUCUUGAAGAAACAACCGAGCUUAACAAAGUUUCAAGAUAUUCAUGCAUUGGGGGGAACAGAAGGACCCUUUUAUGGAAAUCCUAAUCUUGGUGUGGUGAGUUGGUUGACGCUGCCGAUUUACGGUCUCGAUUUCGGGUGGGGGAAGGAGGUUUAUAUGGGGCCAGGAACUCAUGAUUUUGAUGGGGAUUCUUUGAUUUUGCAAAAUCCUAAUGAAGAUGGAGGGUUGAUUCUUGCAUUGUGUUUGCAAGUUGGACAUAUGGAAGCUUUCAAGAAGUAUUUCUAUGAAGAUAUAAUGUAGGAGAAAUUAAACAUAUUGAGAAUAAUUAAGAAUUAAGAGUUAAAAAAAACAAAGGAAUUUAAAGAAGAAGAAUAUAUGAAACUUGGUCACUUUGGAUUUGAUUUGAAUUUAAUUUCGAGAUCUAUUUUCACGUUACAUAUAUACAUGAAGUUUAUUCCGAUGCUGUAUGUGAAUGAGCAAGUUUCAUAGGUUUAUUAUUUUUUCACGUUAAUCCAAGGAAAAAUUAUUGAGUUUUUAUUUAUUAUCA